AUGAGCAAUGCUAGGCACCCAACGGCCUCUCCAUCCGAUACCAGAACGUUCAAUAUCAGGAGCUCCAAACGGAAAGUAAAAACUGGGUGUCAAACCUGCAAAGAUCGCAAAGUCAAAUGCGAUGAGGGUCGACCUACGUGUACGACAUGUCUAUCGACUCGACGAGUCUGUCAAGGCUAUGGAAUAUGGGGAGGUGGUGAUAAUGGUACCGCCAGAACUACCACCAUCAACGCGCUUUCCUCCGCUAAGUUAGCGAGAACAUUGUCCGAUACCAUCGCGCCAGAGACUCGAGAUGAGCAUGGCUAUCUCCAGUGGUUCCGCCUACGCACCGCAAUCAAACUCCGCGGCUCGUUCGAGAUGAAGUUCUGGGACGCCCUUGUUCUGCAGGCUAGUCUGCAAGAACCUGCCAUCUAUCAUGCCAUGUUGGCCCUGAGCUCGAUGCAGAAGAGAUGUUGCACCGGUCUCGGUGAGACGUCACAAGAUAGGGAUCUAGCUCUCCUGGAUCAGUUCACUCUUCGGCAUUAUAAUAAGGCUAUCAAGCUGCUCAUCCAACCCCGCUUUGCCUCAGAGGACAAGGAAUCCGUCCGCGUCGUUCUCAUUGCAUGUAUGCUGUUCAUCUGCAUCGAAUUCUUGCGUGGGAACUACAUUACUGGAAAUAAUCAUCUCCAAAAUGGCGUGAGAAUAUUGGAAUUGCUUCCACCGGAUUUGCAAGGGAGACUUGACGGUCGCAAUUCUCAAUCUCCAAAUGCCAGUAGUGACUCCGUCGACGUCUGGAUCAUUCAAGUAUUUUCCCGAAUGAACCUAUUGGCAAGACAAUUUGGUAAGGGGCUCAGCACAUACUCAAGCCCAAGCCAAUUUCAUUGCAGAUCUCUACCCAUUACAUUUGAGUCUCUCGAUCAAGCAAGGAAUUGCCUUGAUUACCUAUUCCAUGACAUCCUCUGCUUGCAAAAGCUAUCUCACCAAGAAGGUACUCUCGAAGGCUUUUCAAACCUCAAUUCAAGAGAAGAGUUAUACAGUAUCCAAAGACAACUGCAAGCCAAUCUGAACAUUUGGUCCGAAGCCUACAAAGCAUCCAGGGUCAGGUUUGAGGGUCAGCUAAGCCUUGUCUCACAAGUCGGUCAUCGAUUACUAUAUCUCUACCAUAUCAUGGCCAGCAUUUCUGCCGACACAUGUCUCCAGCCAGGUGAUGAGAUGCUUUUCGACUCUCACUCACAGGCAUUUGCCUCGAUGAUAGUUCACGCCAUCAAGGUUCUGAAAACCGUUCGGCGCGUCCACGACGUAGACACUAUAUUCAGACAUGAGGCAGAGUCCUCUCGCUUCACUCCUGAUAUCGGCUGGAUCCCGCCGCUGUACUACACGGUAAUCCACUGUCGAGUGCAUCGCCUCAGGAUGCAGGCAAUCAGGCUCCUGCGCGCGCUGCCCAGCAAAGAAGGGAUAUGGGACUCGCGAAUAGCCUCUCUUGUCGCCGAUGAGGUAGUGCGAGUCGAAGAAGGAGACUUUUACAAAGAUUCCGCAUUUGACGAUGCCUUUGACGUCGAGAGUCUGCCUCAAGACUGCGAUUUGAACCUACGAACUCUGCCAGCGUCAUUUCGGGUCCGAGAUGUUCAGAUCAAGUUUCCAGAUGGUAUAUCGGGGACGGCUGUCAUGACGUACAUAAGGAGUACUGCCGAUGGGAGCUCAGAAACGAUGACCAAAGCGUACGAGUUAAGUCUACAGAGUGAUGGGUCUAGAGAUAGGACUUAA